CAGGCGCCCGACCCAGCAGGCGCGUGGGCUCCCGCGGCGGCCCUGGGAGGCUACCAGGCGCAGGCCCCCCCGGACGCCCUCGCGGCACUGCCCGGGGCAGACGUCCUCGGCUUCGGCGCAGCGGACAAUGGGUUGGCGACCAUGUUAGAGCUGGAGUCAUUCACACAUCCAGGUAAGUGCGACCAGCUUCUGGGGCAUGUUCCUGGGAUUGGUUACGAAGAGGGUUGGUGGUACCCUGGUCCUGUGAACCCCGCGCACCCCGCUGGCUACGCGUGCGCCGCCGACUUCGGCGGCGCUGGCCACGCGCCCUUCGGCUGGGGCGCCUCCCGCACAGGGGAGGCAUUCCCGUUCGAGGCUGGCUGGGGCGCGCCCGCCUUGGCGCCCAGGGGGCCGGUGAUGCCGGCGGUUGGGGCGGCUGCGCCACGUAUGCAGUAUUCGGCGCCGCCUGCGCCAUCUCUGAGCUUGCUAUCCGGAAAUCGCUUCGGAGGACCAGCGUCAUCCUGGGCCUCCUCAGGAGCAUGAGGCAAUGAAUACAAGUGCUGCUCUGUCGACAAGUUCUGUUUGGCAUCCAGCCUUAAUCUUCAUACUUUUUGAGCAUUGCAUGUAUUUUUUUGUCCGAAUCGUUCUCCAUGUUUGCCCUCGUGGACCCACAGCAGUCAUGUGUGCCAUCGUGGAUGUGUUAGCAAUGUGACGCUAGCGUCGCUGCGGCCGUUUGCCGAAGUACGCCUCCUCGGGAUACCCCCACAGGCGGCAACGGCAGGCAACGGGAGGCAACGGGCCGAAACAUGGCGAAUCUUUGAAGCGCAAGUAAGAACACCCAAGUACAAGCAUUGCUUUGGGAAUUUAGCUCCACACGCAGGUAUUGCGUGUCCCGCCGAUCAAACUGUUUAACCAGUCGGUUGCAGGAUGGAGUGCCCACACGAGGUUCGCCUCCGUGGAACCUAACGGAGCCGAUGCGGCUCACAGUGUUAGGUCUUUUUUUUGUCCAUGCCUUCUAAGCUGAUUCCCGCUUUGCAUGCGACACGAGAUAGUUUCUGGCCACGUGCCAUGCGUGAAGAAGUGUGUGACCGUGCCGAGGACGAGGGGCACAACCGCGCUUCGGCCAGAUCAUCUAUCUGUCGCGUCUGCUAUUCUUUCUUGCUGACGCCCUCCAUCUCUCAUCCGCCUCUGUGUUUUUAUAUACGUAUGUAAAUUCAUGCGUACAUAUAUACAUAUACCAAUCUCCUGUCCCGCCGAUCAAACUGUUUAACCAGUCGGUUGCAGGAUGGAGUGCCCUCACGAGGUUCGCCUCCAUGGAACCUGACAGAGCCGAUGCGGCUCACAGUGUUAGGUCUUGUUGUCCAUGCCUUCUAAGCUGUUUCACGCUUUGCAUGCGACACGAGAUAGUUUCUUGCCGCGUGCCAUGCGUACAAGAAUUGUGUGACCGUGCCGAGGACAAGGGGCACAAACACGCUUCUGUCAGAUCAUCUACCUGUCGCGUCUGCUCUUCUUUCUUGCUGACGGCCUCCAUCUC